AUGCCUCCUACGACUAGUCAUUCUCACCGCGGUGUCCGUUUUGUCGAGACCCAUUCUGCUUUGCAGAGGGCUGUAGAAUCGAUGAGUCUUGACACGCAGAGCGUGAAUCCUGAGGAGUAUGGAGUACCCGGACCCCACGGGGCACCUAAGGCCACGGUCAUAUCCUCAGGCUUAAGGUCGUCUAUACCAACACCUCACGUCGCAACGCUGGACGUUGCUCCCCCGCUAAGGCCAUAUCAUCAACAACCCGACCCGAAGGCUCCCAUCACUUCCUCUCAGCCUGCAACUCGGCCGCCCCUUCGUACUCUUCAGCUACAACUCCCAAAGCCGUUCGAACCCAUCACCAUAACGUCCGCGACAGCCUUCCUGCAUGCGACUGUACACGACGUUUGGGCGGCUUUGAGAAGAUUCUGGCACUCCUCGGCGACGCGCGAGGAGCUGUACGCUCUUCCGGAGACCGAGCGCGAGGAGGUGAGGGAGGCUCAUCGCCAGAGGACUGCUGUCAGCGCCUCGGUCGACGGGCUGAGACGACGUGACUUCCUACGGGGUGCAGUAAUCAUGGGUGUCCAGCCCCUCAACGACGAAACCAUUGCUCUUGUACUUGGCAAGACGGCUUAG